AUGCCAAAUAUUAAAGUGUUUUCUGGUAGCUCCAACCAGGAUUUGGCUCAAAAGAUAGCUGACCGUAUUGGUUGUCGAUUGGCGAAAGUAACUUCCAAAAAAUUCAGCAACCAGGAGACAAGUGUCGAGGUUGGAGAAUCAGUACGAGGAGAAGAUGUAUAUAUCAUACAGACUGGCGGCGGAGAAGUCAAUGACAAUCUGAUGGAACUGCUCAUAAUGAUAAAUGCUUGUAAAAUUGCUUCUAGUUGUAGAGUUUCAGCAGUUAUCCCGUGUUUUCCAUACGCCAGACAAGACAAAAAGAUAGUAAGUUUUGCUCCUAACUUUCAUAAUGAGUCAUUAUUUCCUCUGGUCUAA